AUGAAGUCGAUCGACGACAGCCAGUGGAACCCCGUGGUGCUGGGCUGCAUGCGUGUGUGUCGGGACCUGCUGGAGCACCGCAACGUACCCCAGGCAUUUGGCAUGGUCGGGUUCAAUGCCCCGGGUGGUACUCCCGGUGAUCCCUCCACCUCCUCCCCAACGGCCUCGACUCCCUCGACAAGUCGGUGGAUGCGUCCGCUAGAAACGCUGCCAGACCGUCCUCGGCACCAUCAUACGCACGCCUCCCGCUCGACGUGUACUCGCACGACACUGUGCUUGAGAUACAGCGCGGAGGCUCGACACCGCGCCGCGGUCGACCAAGGGCCGGUGCGUGACGUUGGCGGACGCGGGGUUCCGCGAGGAGACACGGUGCUGGUGGUGACACGACCCAACGUCCCCCUCGCGCCGAGCUCCGACCAGCGGUCUGCGGUCGACGUGUUGAUGCAGCACAUUCGAGAGCAUGAUACCAAGGAGGCGUUGUGCUGCUUCAAGUUGGAUUAAAUUUCACAUGAGUUGUUGUUGUAAAGUAUUCUUCAACGAUGAUAUCUUGAGAUAAAAAAUCAUGUUCAC